UUGGAUGUUUGAUGGACGAAAAAGUGAGUGUAUCAGGUGCACGAAAACCCAUUUGACCAUGUCUAGUCAAGCAAAGCUCGUCGUGACCACGAGCCCAAGUCUUCAGGAACAGGAUCCUUCUGUGCUAAUCGGGAAUAUCGCAAGCAAUGGCACGAAAAAGCAACUCAUACUCAAUGCCUUUGUGAUGAAUACUCCCGGCCACCUUUCGCCAGGACUAUGGAGACAUCCGCACAACAGGACAGAUGAAUACAAAACACUCAAGUUCUGGACUGAUCUCGCACAGCUCUUGGAUAAAGCCAAAUUCCAUGCCAUGUUCAUUGCUGAUACACUGGGAGCGUACGACGUCUACAAAGGGCCAGCGAAUCAUGUUCCGGUCCUUGCCUCCGGGGCUCAAUUCCCUGUUCUUGAUCCUCUCUAUCUUGUACCAGCCCUAUCAGCGGUGACCAAGAACCUCAUCAUCGGCGUCACCGCAAGCACGACCUACGACAAGCCAUAUGCGCUUGCACGUCGCUUCUCGACCGUGGACCAUCUCAGCAAUGGACGUAUUGGAUGGAACAUUGUUACAUCUUACCUCGACAGUGCUGCGAGGAACCACGGGUUGGAUCAGCAGAUCCCACACGAUGAGCGAUACGCCAUUGCAGAGGAAUACAUGCAAGUCUUGUACAAGCUUUGGGAAGGCAGCUGGAGAGACGACGCCGUCACUGCCGACCGCCAAAGUGGAAUUUAUGCCCAGGCAGACGCUGUCCGCCAGAUCAACCAUAUUGGCAAGUACUUUAACGUCCCAGGACCUCAUAUCUCAGAGCCAUCGCCCCAGCGGACCCCAUUUUUAUUCCAAGCUGGGACCUCACAAGCUGGAAGCGCCUUUGGUGCAAGACACGCUGAAGCAAUCUUCGUCGGCGGCCAACUGCCAGAAGGUGUCAAGAAGACAGUUGAUUCCAUUCGCGCUCAAGUCCAAGGUGAAGGACGAGACCCUCAGUCCGUAAAAGUCAUUCUCGGUAUCACUGUCAUUGUGGCGGAGACAGACGCGGCUGCGGCUGCGAAAAAGCAAGAACUGCUUUCUUAUACGGACAAAGAAGGGGUUUUAGGUCUGUUCGGCGGCUGGACAGGGGUCGACCUGGCCGAGUACUCCGAUGACGAGGACUUCCUUUUCACCGGUUCGACGCGUAUAGAGUCAAUUGUAAGUCGCUGGGCAGCCACUGUUCCAGGCUCCGAGAACUUGCCUUGGAACAAAAGCCAUAUUGCUGAGUAUCUCGCUCUGGGGGGCAUGAUGGCCAAGGUUGUCGGCAGCGGCAAGACCGUUGCCAACGAAUUGGAGAAAUGGGCAGAAAUCACUGGAGUGGACGGGUUCAAUCUCGCUCAUGUGACAAAUCCUGGCUCUUUUGAGGACAUUGUCACUUACCUUAUACCUGAGCUUCAGCGGAAAGGCUUGUUUCGUACCGAUGUUGACAAAGAAGGGGCGACUGCUCGAGGUGUUUUUCAAGGAAAUGAUCGCUUAAGGCCAGAUCAUCCCGGCAGUGUUUAUAAAUGGGGCGUGGGAGAGAGGGUCCCCCAGUAUCAGCACGAUACUACUUGAUAUCAGCAUGUUCUCCCCCGUCUUGGACACCUUGAGUAAUAUGCCGGAGAGCAUCAGUGGGGUAGUAGGGAAGAUUGCAUACCGGAGGCAUCGCAAAC